UCCAGACAGAGGCCGUGCUGGCCCAAGCAUGAAGUACGAAGACCUCCAGUACCUGGAGAGCGAGGAGAAAAAUCAGGGCGUUAGAAAUGGGCCGCCUCCUCCCGCGGGGCCGUCUUUCCUGCGGCGUCUCUGUCCCGGGCCCGGCCUCCUCCUGCUGUCUCUGGGCCUCAGCCUCCUGCUGCUGGUCGUCAUCUGUGUGGUCGGAAGCCAGAAUUCCAAGUUUCAGAGGGACCUGAUGGCGUUGAGAACAACUUUCAGCAACUUCACCUCAAACACUGUGGCUGAGGUCCAGGCACUGACCUCCCAUGGUAGCAGCUUGCAAGAAACAGUCACAUCUCUGAAGGCCGAGGUAGAGGGUCACAAGCAGGAACUGCAAGCGGCCCGCAGCUUGGAAGGCAAGGUGCUUUCUCUGGAGAGCCGGCUGCAGAGACGGGAGCAGCAACGCCAAGCAGAUCAUUCUGAAAUGCUCCUGCGAGUCCAGCAGCUGGUGAAAGACCUGAACUCCCUGACUUGCCAGAUAGCUUUGCUCAAGAGCAAUGCCUCGUCAGGCUCCGAAAGGACCUGCUGCCCCGUCAACUGGGUGGAGCACGAGGGCAGCUGCUACUGGUUCUCUCGCUCCGGGAAGCCCUGGCCGGAGGCGGAGAAGUACUGCCAGCUGGAGAACUCGCACCUGGUGGUCAUCAACUCCAGGGAGGAGCAGAAUUUUGUCCAGAAACAUCUACCAUUCUCGUACACCUGGAUGGGCCUCAGUGACACUGAGGGAGUCUGGAAAUGGGUAGACGGGACGGACUACGACACCAACUUCCAGAACUGGAAGCCAGGCCAGCCUGAUGACUGGCAAGGGCAUGGGCUGGGCGGAGGCGAGGACUGUGCCCACUUCGUCCUUGACGGCAGGUGGAAUGAUGACGUCUGCCAGAGGCCCUACCUCUGGGUCUGCGAGACCAGCCUGGGCCAGGCCAGUCAGGAGAGCCAUGGAGCUGCCUCUGGUUAGACUAUCUGGACAGGGAAGUAGCGGUGGGGAAUGGCAUUCUUCCCCAGAGACCGCCUAACGAGACCGCUCUGGGAGAGGAAUAAGCCCUGGAAGUUCGAAAGCACUGCCAUCGUUUUGAAUUUUUUUCUCCUUAACGUUAAAAAGACAAUAUAGAGCUCCUAAGGUUUCAUUUUUUCCCAACUUUCAAAAUCAGCUUUAUUGAGGUAUAAUUUUUACAUAGUAAAAUGCACCCAUUUAAAGAGUAGAAACAGCACUCUGGGAGGCUGAGGCAGGCGGAUCGCUUGCGCUCAGG